CAUACAAGAUGGACGCUUUGUAAUCGUGUGAGGCACGUUUUUGCGGCGUUUUGAAUAUUUUCUUUAAUCAUUCUGUUAAAAAGGUCUCAUUCAAACAGAAAAUAUGUCAGAGGAAGUACAAAAGCAUUCUGUGCACACACUGGUGUUUCGGUCUCUGAAGAGAACGCAUGACAUGUUUAUUGCUGAUCAAGGAAACACACCAGCCAAAGACCAGAAAUGUGAAUUAUUGAAGAGAAAACUAAAAAUAGCAGAUGAAUAUGCUCUUGUGAAAGACAUGCCAAAGGAAGGAGGCAACAAAAUGCAAAAUAAAGAUGUCAUCAAACCACUUGAUGAAAACAACUGGAAUCGUAGCCAGGAUACAACCAUUCUAGGCACACACCCCUACCCAACAGGUUCAGGUAUCCAGUUAACAGAUGGAACAUCUAUGCAUACAGAUCCUAGUAAGGCCUCAAGCAUGGAAAUGGCCUUGUAUGAGAAAAGCAGGAUGAUGGACAUAACUGCAGGAUCUGGAGUCCACGACAUAAAACAGAGUAACCUUGACAGAUCAGAUCCUUCCAAGGCAUUAGUUUCAAUUGGAAAUCAACAAGCUUUGGUACCGAAGAAGGCACCAACCAUGCCUAAACCAUCAUGGCAUCCUCCGUGGAAGUUGUACCGGGUGAUCAGUGGCCACUUGGGCUGGGUGAGGUGUGUAGCUGUGGAACCAGGGAAUCAGUGGUUCGCCACAGGGGCUGGUGACAGAAUGAUAAAGAUCUGGGACCUGGCCAGUGGAACCCUGAAGCUCUCCCUGACAGGCCACAUCAGCUCUGUGAGAGGUCUGUGUGUCAGCCCCAGACAGCCUUACCUUUUCUCUUGCUCCGAAGACAAACAGGUCCGAUGCUGGGACCUCGAGUAUAAUAAGACCACAAGACAUUACCAUGGCCACCUGAGUGCAGUAUAUGCAUUGGAUCUUCACCCAACCAUUGAUGUAUUAGUAACGUGUGGACGUGACGGCACUGCCCGUGUGUGGGAUGUCCGCAGUAAGGCCUGUGUACAUACCCUAACUGGUCACAACAACACAGUGGCUAGCGUCAAAUGUCAGGCCUCUGAACCUCAGGUGAUUACAGGUAGCCACGAUUGUACAAUCAGACUGUGGGACUUGGCCGCAGGUCGGUCAAGAGCGACAUUGACCAAUCAUAAAAAGAGUGUAAGAGCAGUUGCCCUUCAUCCUACUCAGUACAGCUUUGCAUCAGGAUCUCCAGACAACAUUAAACAGUGGAAAUUCCCAGAUGGCAACUUCAUACAGAACCUAUCGGGUCAUAACUCCAUUAUAAAUGCUCUGGCGCUGAACUCAGACGGUGUAUUAGUUUCUGGAGCUGAUAAUGGUUCCAUGUAUUUCUGGGACUGGAGGACGGGGUACAAUUUUCAACGGAUACAGGCCACAGCACAACCAGGCUCUAUCGACUCAGAGUCAGGAAUAUUUGCCAUGACCUAUGAUCAGAGUGGCAGUCGACUCAUCACAGCUGAAGCUGACAAAACUAUCAAAAUAUACAAAGAAGAUGAGACAGCUACCGAAGAAUCUCAUCCUCUCAACUGGCGGCCAGACAUCCAGAGAAAGAAGCGAUACUGAUGUGGUUAUUGUUAAUGAAGUACAAAGUGUCAUCGUGUGUGCCAGAGAUGGACUAGUGUAACGAUUCUGUCAAUCAAGGAUUGAGAGCCCGUAGCCAAGCUAGGUCUAGAGGUCAACUGGCAUCCUAUCUGUCUGUGGACAAUCAAAGUCUGGUGAUAAUCGACAGUGCCCAGAGUGGAUCAUAUAAGUUCAGUCAUGAUUACAUCUGGUCCUUUAUACCGGACUUCGAAAUGUAGCCAUAUAUGCUUAAAUAAUGGCUAUACUUUGAGGUUAUUGUUGAACAUAGCCUGUUAGGGUGAAUUGUCAAUUUUAGUAUAUCUAAUGACCAGUUUAUUUUCUAUCUAGACUUCUUUGAAUAAAUGAUUUUAUAAGACCAAGUUCCUGCCAUAUCUUGACAUAAUGGUUAGAUGAGUAGGGACUCCUCUAACUAGGAAUUUUUCAGCCAUGCAUAACCAGACACUUUGAUCUACGCAGGUCAAAUCUACUACGUGUAACAGUAAAGUCAUUAUUAUGUGAGGCCAUAAAUCUGUUAUGAAAGGUAAGCUAUCAUAAUGAACAUUAUACCAUUUGUCAGCAAUCAUAUUUGGUUGAGAAAUAUUUUUAUAUAUUAUUGCCUUAUUUUAAGGACACAAUAGUUUGAUGGUGUUGAGGGAUGGCAUAGUAACACAUUUGAUAGUGCCUGGAGAAACAGGCAUUAUUCCUUCAUAGUACCCAUGCGUUGCCACUUUUGUCAUGUGAUGUACUCAAUAAUGUUUAUAUUCUUAACAGAAUGAUUAAUAAACAAACUCCAACCAUAUGUUCAUAGCAAGUACAUUACAUGAUCUUGGAGUGGAAUGCUUUUGGGUUUAUAAUGUAACUGCUAAUACUGAGGUAUUCUAUAGCCUACGAUAGCCCUGGACGGUUUUAUAUUGUAUAGCCUCUGCUGACAACAUCCUUUUUGUUUUUAUUUUAUAGCCUCGGCUGAUGGCAUCCUGUUUUUAUUUCAUUAAUUAAACUUAAUGACUCGUGCAUGAUUUCGGAAAUCAUUUUCAUCAUUUAUGUUACAGAAUAACUGAUGUACAUUGUAGGAAUAAUUGCAUUUAUUAUCAGUUUACAAGUGGAAAUGUAAUAUUUGCCAUAACUUCUUCCUUUAGCACUUAAACAUUGAACAUUUAUCAGUCCUCAAGAAGGAGGGAUGCGUAAAUAUUGAUCUUACUAAUGAAUGCUCUUUAAAAAAAGUGGGAGAGGCUGUUGUUGAAGAAGGUACUAAUUAUGGUGAAUUUGAUAAUACAAAUCGAUAGAUUGAGAUCAACUGUCAUCUUGUGCAGUAUAUUGUCAACUGAAUAAAGUGUAUAAUUUUU